AUUUUGUCUCUCUAAUCAAUGCACAACAUGGCGGCUGAAGCACGGGGCAGUGAUUUGGCGUGUCCCGUCCAGCUUAAAACAUCUUUGUUCACAUAACGAUCUUUGUUCGCCGUCAGUUCGGGCGCGUGAGGGGCGUGUCAAAGACGGAGGCAGACUCUCAAGCUGACGUUGACUGUCACGGCGAUGUCAAGUUUGUGUGACGGCGACAUAGCAGUGGAACUCUGUGACUAACAAAGUGUAGCAGAGAACCACAGAACACGGAUUCACCAGAGAAACCCAAAGGUCUGGGGCCUGUGUUGUUGGCAUCGUCUGCGUCUGCUCUGAACCAGCUAGUCAUGUCAACGUAGCUUCCUGCAGAUGCUGCGGGCCAAGGAGAACUGGCCGACAAUCCUCCAACCUCCAGACCCGAUUCUAAAUGGUUUUCACCAACCAGUUAGCUGAGUUGUUUCUUGACACGAGAGAAGAUGCGCAAGGACGUGAGGAUUUUAUUAGUGGGGGAGCCCAAGGUGGGAAAGACUUCUCUCAUCAUGUCUCUGGUCAGCGAAGAGUUUCCAGAAGUGGUUCCCUACAGAGCUGAGGAAAUCACCAUACCUGCAGACGUUACACCAGAGAGAGUUCCCACUCACAUCGUGGAUUAUUCAGAGGCAGAGCAGACAGAUGAGCAGCUGUUUCAGGAGAUUUCUAAGGCCAACGUGAUUUGUAUCGUUUAUUCUGUCAACAACAAGAAGUCCAUAGAAAAGGUGACCAGCCACUGGAUUCCCCUCAUUAUUGACAAUACGGACAAAGACAGCAGAGUCCCUUUGAUCCUGGUGGGGAAUAAGUCAGACCUGGUGGAGCACAGCAGCAUGGAGACUAUAUUACCCAUAAUGAAUCAGUACUGUGAGAUAGAGACAUGUGUUGAGUGUUCAGCCAAAAACCUAAAGAACAUCUCGGAGCUGUUCUACUACGCCCAAAAGGCUGUUCUUCACCCGACUGGCCCCCUCUACUGCCCGGAGAAAAAAGAUAUUAAGCCGCUGUGUGUCAAAGCUCUGACUCGAAUCUUCAAGGUGUCAGACUUGGACAAUGAUGGGAUAUUAAAUGACAAUGAGCUCAACCUCUUCCAGCGGAUAUGCUUCAACACUCCACUGGAGCCUCAGGCGCUAGAGGAUGUAAAAAAUGUAGUGAAGAAGAAUUUAGGUGACGGAGUUAGUGAUAAUGGACUAACUCUGAAAGGAUUUCUUUUCCUUCACACGCUGUUUAUUCAGCGAGGCCGUCAUGAAACGACCUGGACAGUGUUGAGGACGUUUGGGUAUGAUGAUGACCUGGAGCUCAAUCAGGACUUCCUCUUCCCAACAUUAAAGAUCCCUCCAGGGUGCACCACAGAGCUGAACCACAAUGCCUACCUCUUCCUUCAGAGCGUCUUUGACAAACAUGAUAAGGACCGUGAUUGCGCCCUGUCUCCAGAAGAGCUCAAAGACCUCUUUGAUGUUUACAUGCCCUGGGGUCCUGACGUCAACAACACAGUUUGUACCAAUGACAAUGGCUGGAUCACUUACCAGGGCUAUCUUUCCCAGUGGACGUUAACCACAUACCUGGAUGUCCAAAGAUGCCUGGAGUAUUUGGGGUAUCUGGGUUAUUCAAUCAUAGCUGAGCAGGAGUCACAAGCGUCAGGCAUUACAGUGACCCGGGAAAAGAUGAUGGACCUCAAGAAGAAACAGACUCAGCGCAGCGUUUUCCGCUGUAAUGUGUUUGGUGACUUUGGCAGUGGGAAGAGUGGUUUCCUCCAGGCUUUCCUAGGAAGAAAUCUCAUGCACCAAAAAACAAUAAAAGAGGAGCAUCGAUCCUACUAUGCCAUCAGCACCACGUUUGUUUACGGCCAAGAGAAAUAUCUUCUUCUUCAUGAAGUCUUCCCUGACUUUGACUACCUGUCUGAUGAUGAAAUGUCCUGUGACAUCGUCUGCCUUGUCUAUGAUGUCAGCAACCCUUAUUCCUUUGAGUACUGUACCAGAGUUUUCAAGCAGUACUUCAUGGACACUAAGACACCAUGUAUGGUGAUCGCAACCAAGUGUGACCUGCCGGAGGUGAAGCAGAUGUACGGCUGCAGUCCUCUGGAAUUCUGCAGGAAACACAAAAUGCCCCCGCCACAGUCAUUCACCUGCGACUCAACAGCAGCUCCCAGCAGAGACAUCUUCACCAAACUCACCACUAUGGCCAUGCACCCCCACGCCCGGCUGCGCUGCAUGUGCACUUGCAAUCGUUGCACCUUCUGCUUGUGUCAGAACGUCCUCAACUCUGAGCUGCUGCAGACGGUCAGGGCCAAACUCUACGCCGUUGUGCUGAGAAGACAUAUGAGCCAGGCAGAUCUGAUGAGCUCCACCUUCUGGCUAAAAGCAAGUGUUGGAGCCACAGUGUUUGCAGUGCUGGGCCUGACCAUGUACAGAGUCCUGCUCAGACUGCGGUGAUUCUCAGGCAGUCGAGGUCAAAUGUUUCAGUUUUCUCUUUUCCUUUUUAAAAUAUUUAUGGAACCCUGUUCCAGUUGUGUAGUUUAAAUUGAAAAGAUAUGUUUUUUGUGUAUAAACUGACCUCAUGCCAAACUUAAUUAGUUUGCAUUUUAGUUUUUUUUUGUCUUUCUGUACGAAAUUUAAAACAACCAUUUGUUUCUUCACAUAUUUGCAAAGUUAUGAUAAAUAUUUAUGAAAUACAAGAUCGUCAAAAAGCUUUGAAUUAGUUAUAGUGUGGUGCAAAUGCAACAGUUUUUGGUUGCUUUAUGUUUGAAACGACAGAAAUGUCAAAUUUGUUAAAUUAUUAUUUUUUAAAAAGACCUAUAUAGAAAUAAUAUUUUUAUGUUUUUACUUCAGAGAAAAAUAGUCAGAAAGUUUGUUGUGUGAAUGUUUCAUCAGUGUCAGUCAUUUCUCAUGUGUGUGUGCUUGUGUGUAAUUGGGAGAGAGAAGAAAACUUAAUUCCAUACUACAAAUUUUCCGCAACACACUCCUAAUAUAACCUUCACAACAUUCAAAUGUUAUGCUAACUGCUCUGCCUUGUUUGCCAGCUUUGAAUAAACCAGGCUCCUGUUUAAAUGACA